AAUAUGUUUCAAAUACAUAAGGUCCAAGUGAUUGCAUAAGAAACAGUCUACAAGAACUUGACAAAACUGCCCCUUGACUAAAAAUAGUAUAAAUGCAUCAAAGAAGGCCCAGUAGGCUACAAUCAAUUAAUUCGACGCGAUGUCUACAGUAGAAUAACUGACAACAUGAGCAAAUGUCAUGUUUUCGAUGGCAUAUAGCCUAAAUAUUGUAUUGUUCACAGGAUGGGCAUCUCGGUCAAUUUCUCCUCUUUUCUCCCCUCCAGACAACAACAUACACCUUUUGAGUAGAGGCGCGUCAGUGACACAAGCGCGGUCCAAUAAUUUGUCUGUCUGGUUACGGACAGAGAGCGUGAGAGCUUGUCGGGGCCCAAUCAGCGCUUUUGUAUUGCCUGCCAGUGCCGGGGACUGACUGGUUGUGAGGAUUUACUGCAGCGCCCCAGGAUCCCAAAGCCAAACCCGAAGCCAGUGGAACCUGCGGGGUGAAGGCGAGUCAGUCCAUUAUGGAGCGACUGAAUGAGGAGGCGGUGCGGCUGAGCCUGCUGAAGCGAGGCCUGGACUCCUCCUCGCCUGCAGGUGGCGCCACGAGCAGUGAGCGAGACGAGCUGCUCUCCAAACGCAUCAAGAUGGAGGGCCACCAAGCCAUGGAGCGCCUCAAGAUGCUGGCCUAUCUGAAACGCAAGGACCUGGCCAGCCUGGAGGGGGGAGUGUUGGGAGGGGUCUCAGGAGGUGGGGCUCUAGGGGGUGAGGUCAAGGGUCAUGGGUCUUCAGGGGGAGGGGCUUAUGAGGAGAAGACCAAUGGGAGCCUCCGUGGUCAAGUUGUGGGAGCCCAUGGCAUGGUGGGAAAGAGCGGGAAGGAGAACAUGGGCGAGGAGCCGGUGGAUUUCAGCGCCCGGAGAGGUGACGUUGACCGGGAGCGACACACACCCUCCCCUGAUGUGAUCGUUCUGUCAGACAAUGAGGCGUCCAGUCCAAGAGGGCCCAGCCAAGGGGAAGAACGCCUGAGGGUAGCGAACCUGGAGAUGUUUAAGGGUAAGACAGGGGAGGAGAGGCAGAAGAUGAUCAGGGCUCUGAGAGAGGAGCUGAGGCUGGAGGAGGCCCGGCUGGUGCUGCUGAAGAAGCUGAGGCAGAGCCAAAUGCAGAAGGAGAACCUGGUGCAGAAGGUCCCUGUGGUCCAGAACACAGCGUCUGCCCUCCAGAGCGGUGCCGUCCACGGGGCUCAGAGCAUGAGCAAGAUGUCUGGCCGCCCUGGCCACCACACCCCAGAGCCCCAGAACCAUCGCACUGCACAGGUGGGCUACAGCAUUGCACAGGGUCACUCAGUGAUCAGGUCAGCCACCAACAGCUCCAUGUCUCAGAUGAUGAUGUCACAGAGCAGGGUGAUAGCGCCCAAUCCUGCCCAGCUGCAGGGCCAGAGGCUGGCACAGCAGAAGCAGGGUGGCAUGCGCUCCUCGACUGGCAGCUCUAACAACGCCGUUAGCUACCAGCAGUCUUCCACCCAGCAGGUGGCAGCUUCUCAGCGCUCUGGCUCCUCCUCCUCCUCGGCCAUCUACAUGAGCUUGACCCACAUGCAGGCGGCCGGAGCCGCGGGAGGGGUCAGCGGGGUGUCGGGGGUGGGGGCGGUCAGCCCCUCAGCCACACACAGCCCAGGGGGGACAUCGGUGGGCUCUUCCAUGGUAGACACAGCCAGUAGCCAGGCGGCCGCCAAGCUAGCCCUGAGGAAGCAGUUGGAAAAAACACUGCUGGAGAUCCCGCCUCCAAAGCCACCGGCACCACUCCUCCACUUCCUGCCGUCAGCGGCCAACAGCGAGUUUAUCUAUAUGGUGGGCCUGGAGGAGGUUGUGCAGAGUGUCAUUGACAGUCAGGGUAAACUGCGUUUGCCCUCCUCCAUGGAACCCUUUUCUUGUGCCCAGUGCAAGACGGACUUCACCCCUCACUGGAAGCAGGAGAAGGGUGGGCGCAUACUCUGCGAGACCUGUAUGUCAUCCAAUCAGAAGAAGGCACUGAAGGCCGAGCACACCAAUAGGCUGAAGAACGCCUUCGUUAAGGCUCUACAGCAGGAGCAGGAGAUUGAGCAGAGAAUCCAGUUGCAAGCCGCUCUUGCCACCAGUUCAGCUCAAACUGUUCCAAGCGUCAGUAAGGCUGAGUCCAUGAGCAGACAUCACACACACAGACAGGCGCCUCAGCCCCAGGUGACCCAGUCACAGGCCUCCCUCCAACGGGGUAUGUCUGGCUCGGCCCGGGGUGUUCUGUCCAACUUCGCCCAGGCUUCCCAGCUCUCAGUGGCCAGCAGCCUGCUGGGCAUGACUGGAAAGCGUAGUGGACAGCUGAGCACUAGUGGGCACAGCCGGGCACAGCAGCAACAGCAGCAACAGCAGCAACAGCAGCAGCAGCAGCAGCAGCAGCAUCACGACAACCGCCGCCAGCUCUACAGCAUCCCUGGGGUGAACAUUGCCUACCUGAACCCAGGCAACGUGGUCGGCCACAAGGGGUCGAGCCUGGCUGACCGCCAGAGGGAAUACCUGCUGGACAUGAUCCCGCCUCGCUCCAUAUCCCAGUCCAUCAGCGGACAGAAAUGAACCUCACCCCGCCCCGACGCAAUACCACAGCCCUUCCCCACACCACACCCCAACCUCCAUCGCAUGCAGUGCCUGUUAGUGUGCCUACCAAACUAACCUGUAUGAAGAACACAAUCAACGAGUCAAAAGAGGCCACCAAACUCUGAAAUGACUUUUCAUUUGAACGUGAUGCAAACCCCUUUUAAUUCCUCUUGUUAUUAAUAUCGUCAUUAGUGCUAUGGAUGUUGUUACUACAUUGCCGCUACCAGUUAUGAGCGUGCCCAUCUUUGUGGAGAACCCCUGUCUUUAUAUGCUUGUGGCAGUGUCCCGAGUGUGGGGUGUCUUUUGUUUUCGAUUUAUGCGCUUGUUUUUGAAGCAAUAUUUUGUCUCGCUUGAGCUUUCCUUACCGGACUCAAGUCUUUGUUAUGUCGGGAAUUACCAAGCUAUCUUUUUGAGAACUGCACCACUCUCCAAUCCCUGCUCUUAGUCUGAUUUAUGAUUUCAACCAUCACUCUGUUUUUCCACAUUUGGUUGUGAAUUGUUGGAGGAGGAAUUGUACCAGCCCGGCCAAACCUUUGUUUUAAAAAGGUGAUUGUGAUGGUUUAACUUUGACCUGAAUCUGUCAAGCCUUUGAGCUUGAGCUUUCUUCAAAGAUUUGUGGGGAGAAAAGAGGAUGUUUGAGACCCUGGAGUUGUCUGGAGCAAUGCUCCUCUAACUGAUUGUUGAAACAAGGAUGGAUACAUAUCCCACAAAGUGAGAGAGCCCAAUGCACCAUCUGGACUUGGAUUGGAUGCACCGCUGAAAAAAUACUACUCCCAUUGUACAUGAAGGCAUAGAAACUGAACCUAUAGCAGAGUUGCCCUGUAUCCUUUCACCUUUUCAUUUGAGGCAGAUGGGGGGUGGGGGGCUGUAGUUCAGAAGUUAGUAUCCUAAAGCAUAUAUAAUUGAUGGGGUAUUGAUUGGAGAUAUCAUUUAGAGGGUUUUGAUUGGCAGAGAGAUCAUGUGAUCGUACCUAAUUGGCUGAGAGAUCAGGUGAUAAGGUUGUUAUUUAAUUGGAGAGGAUACAGGUAUUGGAUUUGGUGGGAGGGAUCAUCCUUAGACCGAAAAUUGAAGGGGUUUCCAAUAGGACCAUGGUUUGUACUUAUUUAGGAGUGGGAAUGAGGGGGGAGGCACAGGUGUUGAUCCCUCUCUCCCCUGUUUUCAUCUCCUAGCUAAUAGGAUUUGCUAUUGUUCACUCUACCCUGUCAUUCAGAGUUCUGGAUUCCGUUUAGAUACUAUUUGAACUUUCUUAUGUCAACAUUAUCCCCAUGGUGUCUGGGAGGCAUUUGAAAACGGUCAUGGAGAGUGGCUAGCUAUUAGCUUUAAGCCUGCUCUAAGCUAUUUAGAUGUUUGGUGUCUUCUGAAGUGUUAGUGUAUCUGAAAGGUACUUUGCACAGGAGACAAUAAAUAAAUACAGAAUGACAAAUGCAACUUGAAUAUUUACAUAAAUCAAACAGUUAUAUAGGAGACAUAUACAGGAUAUACAGUAACAGUCAAAAGUUUGGGCACACCUACUCAUUCAAGGGUUUUUCAUAGUUGUUCUACAUUGUAGAAAAUAGUUAAGACAUCAAUACUAUAAAAUAACACAUAUGGAACCAUGUAGUAACCAAAAAAGUGUUAAAGAAAUCAAAUUAUAUUUGAGAUUCUUCAAAGUAGCCACCCUUUGUCUUGAUAACAGCUUUGCACAAUCUUGGCAUUCUCUCAACCAGCUUCACCUGAAAUUAUUUUCCAACAGUCUCGAAGGAGUUCCCACAUAUGCUGAGCACUUGUUGGCUGCUUUUCCUUCAAUCUGCAGUCCAACUCAUCCCAAACCAUCUCAAUUGGGUUGAGGUCGGGUGAUUGUGGAGACCAGGUCAUCUGAUGCAGCUCUCCAUCACUCUCUUUCUUGGUCAAAUAGCCCUUACACAGCCUGGAGGUGUGUUUUGGGUCAUUGUCUGUUGAAAAACAAAUGAUAGUCCCACUAAGCGCAAACCAGAUGGGAUGGCGUAUCGCUGCAGAAUGCUGUAGCCAUGCUGGUUAAGUGUGCCUUGAAUUCUAAAUAAAUCACUGACAGUGUCACCAGCAAAGCACCAUCACACCUCCUCUUCCAUGCUUCAUGGUGGGAACCAAACCACACAUGCAGAGAUCAUCCGUUCACAUACUCUGUGUCUCACAAAGACAUGGCGGAUGGAAACAAAAAUCGCAAAUUUGGACUCAUCAGACCAGUCUCCUCUGAACAGUUGAUGUUGAGAUGUGUCUGUUACUUGAACUCUGUGAAGCAUUUAUUUGGGUUGCAAUUUCUGAGGCUAGUAACUAAUGUACUUAUCCUCUGCAGCAGAGGUAACUCUGGGUUUUCCUUUCCUGUGGUGGUCCUCAUGAGAGCCAGUUUCAUCAUAGUGCUUGAUGGUUUUUGCGACUGCACUUGAAGAAACUUUAAAGUUCUUGAAAUGUUCUGGAUUGACUGACUAUCCCGUCUUAAAGUAAUGAUAGACUGUCGUGUCUCUUUAAUUAUUUGAGCUGUUCUUGCCAUAAUAUGGACUUAGCCCUAUUUGGUAAAAUAUCAUCUUCUGUAUACCACCCCUACCUUGUCACAAUACAACUGAUUAGCUCAAACGCAUUAAGAAGGAAAGAAAUUCCACAAAUUAACAAGGCACACCUGUUAAUUGAAAUGCAUUCCAGGUGACUACCUCAUGAAUCUGUUUGAGAGAAUGCCAAGAGUGUCCAAAGCUAUCAUUAAGGCAAAGGGUGGCUACUUUGAAGAAUCUCAAGUAUAAAAUAUAUUUUGAUUUGUUUAACACUGGUUACUACAUGAUUUCAUAGGUUUUAUGUCUUCACUAUUAUUCUAUAAUGUAGAAAAUAGUAAAAAUAAAGAAAAGCCCUUGAAUGAGUAGGUAUGUCCAAACGUUUGACUGGUACUGUACAUAAGCACUUAGGUACAGAGAGUAAGGAUAUUGUUUUUUGUCCACCAGGAAUCCAGGAUGAAUUGAUAGAUUAUUAUUGAAUUGAUUAUUGUUCCAUCUCAUGAUAAUUGUGGCUCUAUUUCAGCAAUGCCUGAUGUUUAAUUAUUUCAGGAUCAAAUUUGGAAGUAACUAAUACUGGUGCAUCCAUUUUAAAGCAGCAGGAAAUAUGAAUUCUAAUUGAAUGUAUUUCUUGCAAGCAGGAGUUGCCUGGUUAUUGCCUCUUAUACCCUGCAGUUUAAAAUGUAAAAUAAACAUAUUGCCAGAGAGCAGUGGCUUACUCCUUGCCCUUUUUGAUAAACUUCAAAAGCAGGUGCAAUAUUUUGAGACACAGGGAAGAUAAAGUUAAUUUGAGUAUUUGUGCUGAAUGUUACUAUUUUAUCCAUUUAUUAUCCCAACUACAGUUAGGUAGCCUUACUCCCAUAUACAGUAAUAUAAGCACUAUUUCUGUUGCACCCAGAUGGAACAGAUGUUGUACUGGCCGUGUUCAGUAAGCACCAAACUGAAGCAAAUAUUUUAAACAGAGGUAGUACUACCUGCACUUGUCCUAUAGGGGAUUUCAUUUAUGUUGUCCGUUUGUUUGAAAACCUUUCCUAUUGUUUGUGUCUAAUGAACACGACCCAGGGUUUGCCGUAGUCCAUUAACACAGAACACUCCACAGCUAGAUCACUAUUUGGGAUGAACAAUAGUGUCAAUAGUGACACUCACUGUUUUUGAUAGUUUUCUUUGUCUUAUUUUGUUGUAUGUAUGCGUUAUAGACUUCAUCAUCAAUCUUUCUCGCUUUCUCAAACUAUGCCAGAUGCACCAUUUCAAAAUGUUUGUUUUAAAGAAACUAGAGAAAAACAGGAAAAAUAUCAUUUUCAAAUGUAAUUUUUGUAAAGUUUCAAACAUUUUAAAAAACUACAUUUUGCUGAUCUGUCUUUCGAUUUAAUUUCUGUCAAUUUUUUACAAAAAAAUGGGGAAAAGGAAAAAUCAAGAAAUAUAAUUAACUAAAGAAAUUGAAAUUGUCAGGUAAUAUUAUCUCAAACGGCUGUAGUUAUAAUAAUGAUCUAUUUAUUGUACAUAAGUGUUCCUCCUUUGUGGAAUAAGACACAUUGAAUUCAAGUUGGGUAUACAUUGUAUAGAAAAACUAACAAAAAGCCAUGGAUAUUGUGAAGCUUGUCAUUUUGUUUAUUGAUCAUUCCUGUGCCACAAAUGUGCAAAAAUGUGUGGGGUUUUUCUAUUUACUAUCAAAAGCAUUCUCUUUCUAUAUCUUGUUUUCUAGUACUUAGAGGCAGUAGGAUCAUCUUUUAUGGAGAGUUGUUUGAUCUAUCCCAGGACCACUUUGUCUAUACAUUGUAUGAAGUGCUCUGCUGUUACUACAUGCUUUACUUUCUGCAGCAUUGAUGUUCAGUUAGCGAUUAGUUAAUAUUAUUAUCAUUAUCCUUGUAAAAAUUAUUGUAAGGCUUGGCGUAGAUCAGACAACUGGAAUGGGACAUUUCAUUAUCUUUUUUUUUUCUCCUAGUAUAUAUUUUCCAGGGAAAGGCAGUGCAUGGUCCACAUAUAAGUAAGAAAGAGACUCAUGAGAUGAACAACCCGCUGUGUGUUUAAAAUACAGUCCUAAUGGAUAAGCUAUGUGCUAACCUAGCCAUGGUCAUGAAGCGAGUCUUCAAAUACACGUUUUAAAAGAUGAAGGAGUACUAGAUGUUGUGUCAAACAGAACUUGGAAUACUCUCAACAACACAACGCAAUACUGUCACAAUAUGACUCCAAUGGCUUGCAUCAUAUUCUGUCAAUAAAGUUUAAGCGAUGUUUUCAACUA